AUGGAAUGUUUUCCUGAUUCCCCAGGGGAGGACAGUGGAGGUGGAGCAAGACAGCUUAAUAAAACUGGGACUCAAGACAAUGGAGAAGAUGAGAAUGGUGUGGUGAUGGGGAAAAUUUUGACAGAUGAAGAGCAAGGUCAUGAAGUCUUUGCUGAUCAAGAAGAGGAGGAAGAUGGAGAAAAUGAAGGUGAAAAAGGUCUUUUGUCAGUGGAGAGUACUACUGAAAGUACCACUGGGUCUACUAUAGGUGGUACCACUAGUAGGAAGGAGUCAGAGUACAGCUCAGUUCUAUGGAAUGGCAAAGUGGGAACUUUGGUGUUGGAAGCUGAGCAAAUUGUAUUUCAGGGACUUUCAGGCAUCAAAGUCAGUAUUCCCUGGAAUUUGGUGAAAAAUCAUCAGUGGACCACAAAGGAUGGAACUAAAAAUGACAAUGGCACUGCAAGUUCAGGUGCAAUUGAAAGUGUAGGUGAAAAUGACAAUGAUGACAAUGAUGAAAGGGCAGAUGCCAGACUGUGCCUGCUAAAUGGAGAACACAUUGAUCUACAAUUUGCACAAAAGCACAGUCUGAGACAAAUUCAGCAAGCUGUCAAUCAGAGACUGGCAAAUUCCAAUCUGGUCAAUACCUACUCAGAAGCAAACAAGUUCAUUGGGGUGGAUGGAAAAAUUGCUGCUCCCAUUCAAGCCAUGGCUACCUUUUCUAGCAGUAGUACUGGUUGUUCAGAAAAUCAUACAGAUGAACAGCAACCAUUGAUACCGGUACUGCAAGAAAAUGCCAAUCUGAGAGCUUCUGUCAAUUCACUCAUGAGCAAAGUAAGUGAUCUACAAGCUCAGGAAACCACCUACAGGACACGCAUGGAGCUAUUGGAACUGCAAUUUGAACGAUUCACGAGUGGAAUACUAGGUUCUCCAAAGCAACAACCAUCGUCACCCACAACAGAUUCACCACCCUCGGUUCGAUUUCAACAACUGGAGCAACAACUUGCAGAGCCGCUACCCGAAGAUCCUCUGGCGCAAGAGAUUCCCGUGGGAAAUUCCGAUGAAGCACAAACCAGUGACGGCGAUCGACGCAAUGACAGACGUCACAGUGAUGCCGUAUUUGCCGUCUCCGAAUCCAUGGCUACCUCAGAAGGCAUGGAUCUCAUUCGAAGAAAACUACGUUUUCGAAAGUCAGCCGUUACGGGACAAUCGGCAUAUGCCAAGCAACUGCCUCCCGACACCUACGGCUUUCUCAUGGUGGCACCCGUCCGCAGUGCUCCAUACGCCAUGGGAUUCAUUGUGUGCCUUAUUCAAAUUGUCACCUUUUUUCUCAUGGCAUUCUCCAUCAUCAACGAUGGCGUCGUAUACGAAAAUCCCAUUGGGAUUCCACCCAAUAUUGCCACACAGGUCCGAAUCGUACAAUUCCUGGCCAUUAUCAUUGCCGUCGUCACACAGGAUGAUCUCAUGAAGGCACUCGAUCUUAUUCGAGUCGUUUUCUCCAAAUCAUUCUACGAUGCAUUCCCACGAACGUCCAAGCCCAAGAUUGUGUCUUGUGUGGUACUACGCUGUCUCUCGGGAUGCCUUGGAUUGGUCGCCAGCUUUUUUCUAAUCAUCACGUCCGAAACAAUCUACUACCUAUUGCUCAAUUUUACGGCACUCGAAUUCAUUUCACAGCUCGACGAAGCAUUCUUUGUCUUGUCCGAGUACGGAUAUGCCGGCAAGACAUGCGAAAUUGCUGCCAAGGCAAUGAGUGCCACCACGUUUUACGUACACACCAAAGUCUAUCGGAUGCGGAAAACACUCCUAUUCUUUGCCAUUUUAAUUGCGCUCAUCACGGGAUGGAGUGUCAUUGUACACAAACAACGGAGCGGAUCGUAUCAGUGCAAGACAUUACUGGUUCAAUUUGGGGAUGACAUGAGGCCAGAAUUGGCCACGUUCAGUGGUUUGUACGAUCAAAGGAUCACCAAGAACAAAGCUCACAACGGACACUUGGCCUACGUGGAUCGAAAGUCAAAAACGGGAGUCUUUGCCUAUUGCACAAAGGGGCUCUACUGGACGUUUCAAUACCACAUCGAUCGCGUGGGUACAGCUGUCGACAUUGAUCCUUGCAAAGAUUGGGUUGCACGUUCCGCAUCCACCACAUCAUACGAUAUCUUGUUUAGUACUGCGUCUUCGUGGUUUGUACGAGACGAGGCGGACCGAGAAGUCUUCUUCGACCCAUUCGUCCUCGUGUGUCACGACUGUGGCGACAGCUACAACUCUUGCAGCGGCCGAGGUACUGCUUGCAAUUCUGCCGUUUGUGACUGCGAAGAUGGCUAUUAUGGCCUCCAAUGUGAAUUCAAAGAGCCAUGCCAAAACGUAUCAAUGGAUUCGCGGUUUCCUGGAUUCGUCGGCACUCGACCCUGGUCGCAAUCGUACGAACUGUUUGUGUUUAACCGCCAAGUCGUGUCGGUUUACAACCGACCCGUGUACAUCUCCAAACUGGAAGGCAACACGUUUGACUUGUUGUUUUUCACGGGAAGGCGCUGGGCAGUGUCGUAUGCUGGUGCACUAGCUGAGGUGCCUGAAGACGAUAGUGUAGAGGCGUUAGCUAUUGUUGCUGACUACAUGGAGAAUCAUUUUCAUGGUCACUGGGAUAACUACACAGUGGCCUUUCUCAGCGAGGCAAUGGAUGUGUUGACGCCUGGUGAUGCCCAAUCUCCAGUCGAACUGGAAUGGUAUGUCGCCACAGAGAGACAGCCAGAACAACUUAUCAUUCAAAGCCCCGAUUUGGUGCAAUCCGUAGAUGGACGACUUCUCUGCGCCGUUUGCGAUGACGUCUCCAACCCGUGUUUUUACGGUGGUGAAUGCAAGAAGGGAGUUUGCAAGUGUACGUUGGGAUCCGCGGGAGCACUUUGCGAGAAAGCACCUUUGGGAAACGGGCGAUGCGACUCUGUCGUAAAUACGCCUCUUUAUGAUUUGGAUGCCGGCGACUGUUGUGCUUCCACCUGCGUCAGCAAACAAUAUACGUGCGGAAGAGAGAAGAAUGGAUACGGGUACAUUGGUUAUGACUGCUUGCUACCAAACAAUGUGUGGGAGCCGCGAGAUACCACUGCGCCCCUGCUGAGGGAUGCUGGGCAAUUCGGGUACUCUGUUGCCCUCUCCAAGCACGGCAACUUUCUCGUGGUAGGUGCACCUGGUUUGAAUCUAGUCAAAGUUUUCGAGCGCGAAGGGAGCAAAUGGGCCCAACGUGGAUCCCCAAUUGAAGGUCAACCCGAUACAAGAUUUGGCGAGCAUGUGACAAUUUCCAGCGGACCUUAUAAUAGAUGGAACAAUCCUGAUUUCAAGGUUCCGUUGAUUGUUGGCAUUUCUGCGCCAGAUGAGCGCAACGGGACAGUGCACGUGUACUCUUGCACCGACGUUAGUUGUUCGUUGAGCACACGCAGCUUUGAUGGGUUUGAUACAUUUGAUAUUGACGAAGCUGGGAAUGUCAUUGCCCUCGGUGAAACAGCCCACCAUGAUGGAUAUUUGCCACGCGUUUACAUACACGAAAUCGACCAGUUGCCAAGCCCGCGAACGAGUCUUGGCCCGAGGAAUACUAUCAUCCCUGCCUACGCUCAACGGCCCAUCCAGGUGUAUGGAAAUGGAACCUCCUCACUUUCCCAUUAUAUCGGCUCUAUUUCCCUGUCCAGGAACUCCAAGACUGUUGCCAUUCAAACAGCUGUGAUGGACUGGAACGUGGCCACGAAUGCCCUCCUGAAUUGCUCUUCCUGCUUUUCAUUUUUGACACACAGCAUCGAGGGGAGUGGGAACAAAUCCUCCGUUCUCCUGGAAGACACAGUUUCAAUUCACACAGACAGUCGCUCGUUCGUGGUUUCAGCUGAUUCCAAUGUUGCCGCUUUUGCGACCCCUUCGUGUGAAAAGCCCCUUGCACGAGUUUAUGAUUGGAAUGGGACUGCCUGGACACGCCGUCUCGGCAACCUUCCUAAGCCUCCUGCAGAAGUCUGUACAAAGGAUUUUGAUCGAACUCCGAUGUCUCUAUCUCUCUCCGGCACCGGGGCGACGAUUGCGAUUGGAUACAGCGGAAGGAUCGAGGUGUACGAUUAUAACGGGACCCGAUGGAACUUUGUGGGGAAGGACGAGCAAGGAAAUCUGGCUAAUAAAUACGGCACAACUUCACGAGUUUCCGUUUCAUCAAGUUUGGACGGAAGUUUCGUGGCCUACGGCAUUCCGGGAGAGACUUCGGGGCAGACCGGGGUUGCAGGCGUCGCUUCAACACCACCCCGAUUCGAUCGAUGCCACUUCAAGGUCGAACAGCAACUUCACUUCUCCCUGACAACAGAUGACUAUCCGGACUAUCUUUAUUGGACGCUCUACAACAACAACACGGGCCUAUUGACAGACCAGGCCAACAUUGGUUACUACCAGGAUAAGAAGGCAACCUACUUGCAUGAAAUGUGUGUUGGACUCUCGACCUGCUCGAUUCUGACAAUCUACGACGAAGCAGCCUUGUUAGGUUUGGGUAGGGGCCUUCAAAAACCUGGAAGGUUGGACCUUCUUGCGAAUUCGAAGGAUGCUACUGGCAAGGCCGUUCGGAACAAUAUUGACAGCGGCUCCUUUCUAGGUCCGAUGAAACGGAUCAACAUUGGAAACUGCACGAGAUGCGGCAAGGACACCAGAUUUCGAAUGCUAAUGUACACGUGUGAACAAGUUGGGUGGGAGCUGGUUGAUCGUUUUGGCGCCGUUCUCGUUCGCGGCAAGAGCGAUGAACCGUUGGAUCCUUUUAACCAGUAUGCGCCAUUCUUUCUAGAUGCCCUUCAAGAGAACUUGGAUCUACGGAACACAACGUUGAUGGAGGAGAAUGUAACGACGUUGUCACCAACAGCAGCUCCAACAGCUGCACCUGUCGGUUGUGUCAAGAAAAAAUACUGGGAGGACCUGUGCUUGCCGUUGAAUUCGGAAUGCUUCACCUUUUACGCUUUCCUGGUCCAACCAAAGGAGGGACUCAGCCGUUCGGAUGCCACCAGCGUCUAUCUGUUUGAAAAAUCAAACGAAAUCUGGCGGCAGCUGAUCACUGAAGAGGGACAGGAAGCGCACUCGUUUGGAAACUGUACGCGUUAG